AUCAGCUGGUACCUCGCUAUGGAUAUGCAGCUGUACGUACUGUCGCCGAUACUGAUUGCCGCUAUGCUGAAAUCUCCAAGAUUAUCUGCAAUCCUAAUAAGUUUCUCCGUAUUAUUCUGCAUGGUAGCAAGUUUUGUAGUCACCUGGAAAUGGGAAUUUCAGGUAUUAAGCAAAGAGUAUAUCGCACACUAUUACUACCUUACGCACUUAAAGGCUGCUCCGUGGUUAAUUGGUUUUAUAAUGGGUUACGUCUUUUCGACAGGUUUAGAUGGAAAAGGGAAAGUUUUGAGUAAAAGAACUAUUGUUCUAUGCUGGUCAGCGUGGUUCUUCGCAAUCGUGGUUCAAAUGGUUGCUAUGAUUUACGUAUGGGGCACACCGGGUAUCUACUUUGAAAACACCUUGAGAAAACUUGCAUGGGUUUAUGCACUGUCGUGGAUUGCAUUUUGUUGCCAUUUCGGAUAUGGAGGACCUCUCAACACAUUCCUGUCUUUGCCGAUAUUUCAAAUUCUCUCAAAGCUGACAUACAGUAGCUACUUGGUGCACGGUCUCCUAAUACUCACGCUAAAGGGAAACAUGCAUUCGCCAGUACAUGCCACUCAUUUUGAAAUGAUUGUGCAAACAUGCGGAUUUUGGGUUCUAACACAGUUCGCCGCUCUUCUAUUCAACUUAACGAUUGAGUCACCGAUGAUACUAUUGACAACAUUAGUGAAGCGGAAGCAAGAAUAAAAAAGAGACAUUCGUCUAUUUCUUUGGUGGUGGGAAUUUUGCAGUGCGGCUCUAUUGGGCUGUUGUAAUAAAGUUCAUUUAAUUUUAUUGUUAAUUUUUUAUAUUCCACAUUUGUCAUUACAAAGAGUCAGCUACAACCUCUUUGAGCUAGUUGUAACAUUAAU